CAAGACUUAAUUUUUCCCAUUGAUCCCUGUCUAGCAACUAAAACAAUAAGCAUCUCUAUCUGUCUAUCUAUCUCUAAGCUAUUUGCUCUCUUCUGAAGCGAAAGAAAAUGGGUGCGGGAACUAUUGUGGUGGUUUUAGUUCUUAGUAUACUGUGCAAUGUUGUACCAAGUUUGGGCGCGACCUUCAACGUCGGAGGUUCAGAUGGCUGGGGACUUACCGGCGAUUACCAAACCUGGUCUAAGGGCAAGACUUUCAAAGUUGGCGAUUCUCUGGUGUUCAAAUACCCAGACGGGCAUACGGUGAACGAAGUAAGUGAGAGUGACUACAAAUCAUGUACUGCCGCGAAUUCCAUCACCUCGGACAGCAGCGGCACCACCACCGUCGCUCUCAAGACUGCCGGAAAUCACUAUUUCAUCUGCUCCUCCGCCGGCCACUGCGCCGGCGGAAUGAAACUGGCCGUCAAUGUGGUAAAGGACUCUGGCUCAACCACACCGUCAUCCCCUGCCGCCGACGCCACCUCUACUUCUCCAUCGACGACUCCCAAGAAAGGGUCUUCUUCCUCAGCUGCCGUUUCUCUUCCCUUAGUUCCAUGGCUCGCGAUGAUCAGCUUGGUAGCGGCUGUGAUGAUAUGAUCGGUGAUCAUUCAUCUGAUUCGGCCAGGAUGGAGGCAGUGCGUGCUCUGUAUUUCUUUAAUUUCUUCUCUAAUUAGUAAUUAGUAAUGAAGACUUGGUAUUCAAGUUUUAUUGUCUACUUUUGUAUCUACAUUAUUUGAGUGUGAUCACCUAGCUUAAUGAUUCAUCUAUGACUCUAUAGCCUAUAUCAUGGAUUAUAUUGGCUUAAUUUGUUUUGUAAGGGCAUGUAUACUCUGCUCAUGGUUGGUAGCUAUGGAGUACUUAGUAUUGAUGAAAUUUGGUAUUUGAAAACCUAUUUAGAAUGUUUUUAGUUGGACUAGAAACUUUUUGUGUCAUUUGGUGUGGUUCGGUUGAGUAGAUGUUUGAUAAAUGUGCAUUUUACUAUCAAAUCUUGAUCUGGUCAAAUUAAGUCUAAUUUGAUUUGUUUUGGUCUACUAUUGAAACUAGGGAUGGACUCGGG